UUACUGCGUCGUUGACUGGAAUGCAUUGUUUCUUGCGUGCUGUUCUUGUGUCAGCUCACAUAUUUUAGAUCAAAUAAUCGUGAUGAGAGAUGUCAUGCGUUAGAACUCCAAACAAUCUUUCAUGGAUUCCCAUUCCCUAAUUUGUGAUUAUCUUAUCACGUUAUAUAUAAACUACAAUAUCCGUUAAACGCUUGUAAGUCAUAAACUGGGUUGUUGCGAGUCGACUACGAACCCGUUAAGAUAACACGGGUAUCAUUCUUUGACCGUGUGGUUUUACAGGCGUUGACAUCUAUCACAGACGGCUGACAACACACAGCAGCAAUGGCGAGCUACAGUGAGAUCAUCACUUCCAUGCGCACAGUUUUUCAUACUGGCAAAACCAAGACGUAUCAAUGGAGGAAGCAGCAGUUAAACUCCCUAGUCCGGUUCCUGGAUGAAAACAAAGACAAGCUUUCAGAAGCUCUCAACAAGGAUUUGAAAAAGCCCAAAAUGGAAUCCAUUGUUUUUGAGAUAGACUACUGUAAAAACGAUCUGGUUGAGACCUUGAACAACUUGGAUGAAUGGAUGAAACCUGAAAAGGUGAAGAAAGGUCUAAUGAACAUGAUGGACAAAGCUUAUAUCAAACGAGAGCCAUUUGGUGUAGCCUUGAUCAUAGGAGCAUGGAACUACCCCAUACAGAUCACUCUGUUGCCCCUGGUGGGAGCACUAGCAGCAGGAAAUUGUGCAAUUGUGAAACCGUCUGAGGUUGCCCCAGCAACAGCUGCUGUUUUGGGGGACCUGCUUCCCAAAUACAUGGACAAUGAAUGCAUCAAGGUCAUCAAUGGCGGUGUUACCGAGACGACAGCCCUCCUGGCCGAGAGGUUUGACUACAUCUUCUACACAGGAAGUACAACAGUGGGACGCAUUGUGAUGCAGGCUGCCACCAAAUACCUAACGCCAGUAUGCCUGGAACUCGGAGGCAAGAGCCCAGUGUUUGUUGACCGCAAUUGUGACCUGGGUGCAGUGGCCAACAGAAUACUGUGGGGCAAGACAUGUAACUCCGGCCAGAUCUGCAUCGCCCCAGACUACGUCAUGUGUCAGAAGGAUGUCCAAGAUGAGUUGGUUACAAAGCUGAAGGAAUCCAUUGCUAUGUUUUAUCCUGAUGGAGUUGAAAAAUCUGCUGACUAUAGUCGUAUCGUCAAUGAACGCCACUUUCAACGCCUCAAGAAAUUGGUAGAUGGCUCCAAAAACAUAGCAAUCAGAGGACCAUCUGAUGAGAAAGAUAACUUAAUGGGCCCGACUGUUGUGACUGAUGUCACCCCUGACGACAUCACAAUGCAGGACGAGAUUUUCGGACCCAUUCUGCCAAUCAUGCCUGUGAAGGACGCCAGGGCUGCCGUAGACUACAUCAACAGUAGGGAGAAGCCAUUGGCCAUGUAUGUGUUUAGCAACGACAAAGACACAGUGGCCAACUUUGCCGAUAACACCAGCAGUGGAAGUCUGUGUGUCAACGAUGUCCUCAUGCAAGCAGGAUUGUCAACUCUGCCAUUUGGUGGUGUUGGAAACAGUGGUACUGGGAAUUAUCACGGAAAGUUUACAUUUGAAACUUUCUCACAUCGAAGGUCUGUUCUACAAAAAGAGCUCAAAAUGGAAUCGGUAAACAGCUUGCGAUAUCCACCCUUCACUGACAAGAAGCUUAAUAUUAUUACAUGGGUGUCUGCCAAGAAACUAAGAAAGUCUGGAUUAAUGACCAUUUUUCCUUAUUUCAUCUUUGGAACAAUAAUUGCUGUUGUUAUAAAGGCAGUUGGAUUGGAGAAGAUAUUAUCAUCUUUCAAGUGAGAAUUUUGUAACAAACUGCUGGAAACUGUGGUGGGAAUUAUCUUUGAUGUGGUAAAUAGUAUGGGAACAAAAAGUGCCAGAAACUGUAAUUGGAAUAGGAAACAUGACAAUGUGUUCAGAAUUGUUGUGGAAACGUGACACCUCUGUGUAACAGGGCUGUAAUGGUAUAUAAUGAGUGAUUUAAGUGUCAUUUAUGUGUUUAUUCAGGACAUUGUAUUGUACUCUUAGUUAUUCAAGGGAGUGUACUCUGUUAGCAAUAAUUAAAACAAAUUACUCAUACUUGCCAACAAAUUACUCAUACUUGCCAGCUUUUUAAAAUUUCCAUUGGACAGAUUGUGCAUGCUCAGAAUUUAUUGCAUAAAUAAAAUGUGUAUGUACACCCUAGAGAAAAAAUAACACAUUUAAAUGGUAUUGUUUGAUCUGUUCUUUUAGGUAAAAUCAUCAGAUCUUAGAAAAUAGGAAUAGUUUAAGGAAAUUCACUGGUUGAAAAUGCUAAAUUUUAGGGUCCAAAA